GUUUGCUGUAUUCCACGGUUUAAAUUGUAUGUAAAGUUUUACUUCUAGUGUUUUAAUAUAGUUUUAUCAGUAUUUUUUGUAAGAAUCGUUAGUUUAUUUUUUUGUUUUGUUUUUUAAAUCCUUCGGGGAAUUAGAUAGGGUGAGGAAGAAUCGGUUGGGCAGUGCUGCGAUCUUCUAGGCGAUCCGUUUGCGUUGUCUCCUCCAUUGUGCUUAUCUACCCUCAGGAUAUGCUGAUUGCUUGUCUAUUUUUCGGGGAAAAUUGUUAGUUAAAAAGGCUGAUCUAGGUGAAAAGGGUCGACUUUAUCGGUUGAGGCCGCAGGAUCCAGUCAACCGCGUUAUUCCUUUUUUAUGCACUCGGCCGGUGUUUUGAGGAUGAAGCUCGUCGACCGAGUCGUCCGCAGUUUCUGCGUCGCGAAAGUGUUCAGGGAGAACAGUGAUAAAAUCAAAGGGAUCGAUUUUUCCCCCAACGGCGAUGCUCUCAUCUCAUGCAGCGACGACGACCAGAUCGUUAUAUACGACUGCGAAAAGGGCACCCUCACCAAGACUGUGAACAGCAAGAAAUACGGCGUGGACCUGAUCCACUUCACCCACACCAAGAACACGGCGAUCCACAGUUCGACGAAGGUGGACGACACGAUAAGAUAUCUGUCCCUUCACGACAAUAAGUACAUCAGGUACUUCCCGGGCCACACGAAGAAAGUAGUCUCGAUGUGCAUUUCCCCCAUCGAAGACUCCUUCUUGUCUGGUUCGUUGGACAAGACGCUCCGACUCUGGGACUUGAGGUCUCCGCACUGCCAAGGCAUGGUGCAUCUGACAGGAAGGCCGAUAACAGCUUAUGACCCCGAAGGCCUCAUCUUUGCCAUCGGUAUCAACUCAGAGAGCAUCAAACUCUACGAUUUGAGAUAUUUUGACAAAGGGCCUUUUGUCACGUUCGAACAUGUUCAGGAGAAGGAGUGCGACUGGACGGGCCUUAAAUUUUCCAGGGACGGAAAGACCGUCCUGAUAUCCACCAACGGAUCGACGAUUAGGCUGAUCGACGCCUUCAACGGCACUCCUCUGCAAACGUUCACCGGCCAUCUCAACAACAAGGGCAUCCCGAUCGAGGCGUCGUUCAGUCCGGACUCACAGUUUAUAUUUAGUGGAUCCACUGACGGCAGGGUGCAUGUCUGGAAUGCGGACACCGGCUACAAAGUCUGUGUACUCAACGCGGACCACACCGGCCCCGUACAGUGUGUCCAGUUCAACCCAAAAUUCAUGAUGCUCGCCUCGGCUUGCACCAACAUGGCCUUCUGGCUUCCGACUAAUGACGACUCAGGUUAAAUUCAAGAUUAACAAAAACAAAAAAAUCAUUCCUCAAUUGUAAUUCAAGAAACUUCCACAAAAAUGAAUUAAGACUUGGGUGGAGGCUUAUAUUUUCUUUCCUCUCGUGUUCCUAAUAGAUUUUACUCCCCCAAAAAAAUAUUGAGCAAAUUAUUCUGUCACUUGCUGAUUUAUUAUUAUUAAUAUAUAUUUUUUUAAAAGGAUUUGAGCCUCGACCCAAAAUAUGUUUUGUUCAAUCCCGCAUAUUCUCGAAGAACCAGGGUAGUUCAAAAUGAACUUGUUUGUACUCCCUUCAUGCAAAAAGCANUAUAUAUAUAA